AUGUUCUCGCUGCAGAGAGUGGUGUUUGAUGAGGCAGCGGAGCGGCUUGUGGCAGCACUGGCAGCGUCCAGGCCAGGCAAGAAGGAGAAGAAGACCAAGACCAACUUUCUCUGCCUCACAGUGAAAACAAACGAGUCCUUCCUGCAUCGUGUGAGGGUGACGACGGACGAGAGCUACACAAAGAAGAAGACGUGGCCGCUGCAGGCGCUGACGGCCAUCGACAACGUCGCCCCAGACUCGCGCCAGUUUAUCCUCACCUUUGACCGCAGCUAUGAAUGGAUCGCCCCCAACGUCACUGAGAAGCAGCGCUUCCUCGAGGCAAUCGUCAAGUCGUGCCGGAGGUACAACAAGACGUUGCCGCAGUUGGCCAACUUCCAGUCCAUCCCUGGAGGCGGCAUCACCGUGGCCCUCCAUGAGCACAUGCCCUCCGCUGUACCUGACGAGAACCAGCAGAGCGACGAUGACCCAUAUCAGGAGAGCGCAGCAGCAACGCUGUCAAAGCAGCAGCAGGAGGAGAUGGCUGCUGUCUUUGAGAAGUACGAUUGGGCAACAACAGAUGUGCGCGCACUCUCGGAAUCCCUGCAGAAGGAACUGCAGGCUGUCGAGUCGGCCAAUGUUCACGCAAUGAUCUCGUCAGAGGUGCAGGUGACGCGGCUGCUUGGGCGGGUGGACGAUGCGUUGUCAAAGCUCGAUCGUCUGGAGCAGUGCAUCUCGGACUACGACGGUAUUGUCAAGCGCGUGUCGGAUCAAAUGCGAAUGAUCAAUGUGCAGCAGGACAACUUUGUCAGUCUCGGCGAAUACACACGGCAGCUGACGGACUUUCUGACAUUUUCGAAAUCGCACGUGAAUGCGUUGACACACCCCGACUUCAAUACGGCGCCUGGCCUGCGUCUCACGGUUGAGGCUGCAAACCGCCUGUACUCUCUCCUCCACACGGGUCUCAAGCCAGGUGGUACCGUGGUGCUGUGCUAA